AUGAAGUCCAUUCAGCUUGCUCUCGCCCUCGCGGCAGCUACCAUCCCAAGCGUUUCCGCGCACUAUUUCUUCCCUACCCUCAUCGUGAAUGGGAAUGAGACCGAAUACUAUGAGUAUGUGCGCGAGGACACUCAAAACUUUAUGCCAUACAAGGGGAACUACGGAAGUAAUGACUUCCGUUGCAACACGGGUUCAGAUCCGUUUGCCCAGGAGACGGAUGUCUAUAAGGUCAAAUCCGGUGAUACAAUUGGAUUUGGUACCGACUUUGGCGCUAAAAUUGAGCUUCCUGGUCCCAUGCAGGUCUAUCUGUCCAAAGCACCUGGCAGCGUCAAGGAUUACGAUGGCUCGGGCGACUGGUUCAAGAUCUACGAGCUUGGUCCCACAUCCUUUGGCAGUGACGGAAUUCAAUGGGGCGUGACGGGCAAGAACCAAUUCAACUUCACCCUUCCCAAGGAAACGCCCGCUGGUCAGUACCUUGUUCGCAUUGAACAUAUUGCGCUGCACGGAGCUGGCGAAUUUGGCGGUGCUGAAUUCUACUUCAACUGUGCCCAUAUUGAGGUUGAGAGUGACAGCACGGCUGUUCCUGGCCCUACUGUUAAGAUUCCUGGCGUUUAUGAUGGUAAUGAGCCCGGAAUUCUCUUCUAUAUGUACCGCCCCUAUUUCACAAAUUACACUAUGCCGGGACCUCGUGUAUGGCCUGAUGGCGCCAAUGCCAAUGUUACCGCCCAGGGUGUGAGCGUUGCACCCACCACAGCUUGGUCUGCAAUGGCCGUGACAAAUUAUCCCUCUUCGUCCGUCACCUACAGCUCCGCUGCAUCCAGCACCCCGGCUACUGUGGCACCAUCAUCAACUCCUCUCGUUUCUUCCAAAGGACCCCACCACACACACCGUCCUAGCCACAACCACCAUGUUUCCAUAUCCGAACUGCCCUUGACAACCAGCAUCCCUGUCCAGAGCAGCAGCUCUGUGGGUGAUGAUGAGGCUGUUGAGAUUACCUUGCCCACCCAAACUACCAUUGCCGUGGAAGCGUCAAGCGCCAGCACCUCUUGUGAGCAACGGCCCACUGUCACCUCUACAGUAACCGAGACCACAACUUUCCCCGUUCCUACACCCACUAUGACCAAGUGUGCAUCUGAUGUGGUCGUCAUUGUGACCACCACGACCACCAUCACAGUGUAG